AUGAUAUACCCAAUUGUCCACUUCCUAACAGGUUCAUUUGUGUUUUAUGGGUCGUACUACUAUGGCUGGGUCCAUAUAAUCACCCUGUUCGAGCAGCUCCAGACCAGCUCCAAGGUCUUGCAGACAGCAUCGACUCAGAACUUGUUUGCCCUCUUCAACGAGGAGGAGUCCACGGAUGCUGAGACCGGCUAUAGCCGGUGGUAUUCUGUCGUGAAGUGCUGUCGAUGGGUGUCGCGGGUGGCGUUCUCGAUGACGAUCAGCUGUUCCGUGGUUAUCAUACAGUUCAUACUCUGGCAGUUCCAACAUGACGGUGACAUACCAGCACUUGAUCUCCAUCUCUGGAACUGGAACCUCGCUGCCCUGAUUAUUGUUCUCGUGCUGAUCCAGCCCUUGACGGUGUGUGUACUGCUAUUUGACAGGCUGCUUCGUGGAUCCUCGGUGGCCCGAAAGCUCAGUGCCUGUGCACUGACGUUGUACAGCUGGCUCAUAUUCGCAUCAAGGAGCUAUAGAUUCACUGACCUUGACGUUGUUGACGGCAGCAGCUUGCUGUCCUACUACACACAGUGUAUCUCCAUCAUGGGCGUGACGCUGAUGGGUGUGCUGAACGGAGUCGGCUCGUACUCAACAGUGUAUUACUAUCUGUACAAGGGAGUCACUCCCACAGAUGAGCUCAACGAAGAGGCCAAGAGACUAAGAAUCGAGCAACUACAGAGCUCUAUAGUGAAGACAGAAGACAUGAUACGGAAAUUGCCCACAGGUGAUGACAAUGUGAGCCAUCGGAACGCUUACAGAGCCAAGAGCUCGUUUCUAGACUUGACGAUGCUAUCAUCAUCAUCAUCAUCAUCACCUGUGUCAUCAACAAAGCAGGAGCUCCAAUCAUUGACCAAGUUGAAGAACGAGCUGUACUCCAAGCUGAUGAGGGUGCAGACGUCGCUGAACACAUCAUCCAAUAAGAUCUUCUUGACCCUGAACAGGGUGAUUGGCGUGUAUUGUCUCUUCAAGAUCCUACAAGUCACCGUGAUCCACAUCCUACAGUUUAUACAUUCGAACGAUAUCAACUCGUCAAAUUCAGACCCCUUGGUCGUUACAUUGGCACACAUCUUCGAGCUGUUCGUCAACCAGGACGAGGAGUUCUUGGUCAAUCAGCUGAGCUUCAUCAUCUCAGGUGCGUUGUUCGUGCUAUCGUUCAACGGUGUGUUCCUGACGCUUACUCACAUGUACAGGUUCCUGCCAAUCGAUGUCACCUCAUUGCAGAGGUCGAAGAAGUCUGUGAGCGUGAUAAAGAACUUGAUAUUGAGUGAGUUGCUGGGCACCUACGUGCUGGCAACGUUACUGAUCCUCAAAUCAAACCUUUCCACCACGUAUUCCCAAAGCUUGGGCUCACUGACCAUGACACAAGGCGUGGACAUCGCCAUGGUGGACAAUUGGUUCAACAAGGUCUACUUGUUGAGUGUUGUCAUCACUGGGGUGUUGAUCAAGAUUGGAGAGACCUGGCUGGACGACGACGGCUUCGAAAAUGACUCUAUAGCAUCAAAGAUUGUAUGA